CAUGGCUGUUGACUGUCAGUUUACAUUGAUAUUUUUGCUCGGCUGGAUUUAAAACUUGUGAGUGGGAUUUCCGGACUUAAAAGGACAUUGUUCCUUGAACGGUGGUUCUUCUGGAUGGAACCAGUGAAUGAGUUACACAGGAGUGUUUUUUUAAUUUAGCACCAAACGCCAAUGUUUUACACAACAGAGACAAAUGGCAGAGGAAAGUUCUAGUAGCAGUGUAGUUGUGAACAGUCGCAGCCUUCAGAUCCAAAGGUGUCUUUUCACUCAAGAUAGGGGACCUAGAAGAGGCAUGUUCAGCCUGACAGAUACUGAAGAUGACGUCCAAUUUGACACCUCAGACUCCGACAAUAACUGUGAGGUGUUGCUGGCGGGGAAACCAUACCCAUCGAUCCAGGAAUUUGCUUCUGUCAUCCCCAACCAACUGCUGCUGGGAUCUCUACUGGAACACUUGUGCUUUGUUUACGAGAGUGACCCUACACGCUCCCGCAUGCUGUUCAAGGUGAUAGGCCAGCAUUUAGCAACCAUGAACCUCCUCUCUCCAUUGGCCAUCGGUGAUGAGUUUAGCACAGUUCGUCUGCAGCAUAACCGGGCAUUCACAGAACUCCUGCACGCGGCCAGCUCAUCGCUUUUUCAGCAGGAUCACAGAUACUUGAGUACAGAAGGCCAGACCCUAAGAACCAAAGGUGGUCUUUUCCAAGCCCAAACAUCACGUUACCUUAGUGAAUUUGAAGAAAUCACAACGCUAGGUAAAGGAUCUUAUGGCAAAGUAUUUAAGGUUACAAACAAGCUGGAUGGUCAGGAAUACGCAGUGAAAAAAAUCCUCAUUAAGAAAGUAACAAGAGAUGACUGCAUGAAGGUUCUUAGAGAGGUUAAAGUGCUCUCCAGCCUUCAGCAUUCAAAUAUUGUUGGAUAUCACACUGCAUGGAUGGAGCACAUUCAGCCUGCUGUGAGAAAUCCCAAAUCUCUUGUUUCACAAACGUUUCCAGCCUUAGAGAAACCUUCGCAGAAAGAAGGAUGCACAAAGGAAAUCAUUGAUGGCAGUAGUGGAUCAUCCAUUGUUUUUGAACAUUCUGACCAACUAAAAGACAAAGAAAAUCAAGUUACAUUAGAAAGUAUCUCAGUGAAACCCUCAACGUCAAAAGAGGAGAUGGGUCAUGCUGUGUGCCCAAAAAAUAUCCAUAGCCCACAGAAUUUUGUUCCAUGUGUGUUCCUGGGAAAGCCUCGAACCAAAGUGAACAAAUGCCCAGCAGCUAACUGGGACAGCUCAACUCUCUCAGAGGAUGACCUUAGUCAAAACAGACUGGAAUUAAACAAUAACUCUUACAUUGAAAUGGACAGUCCUGAAUGGUCUGAAAAGCAGGCACAUGAGGUUCAGUUCCACUUAAUGCUUUAUAUACAAAUGCAGCUGUGUGAGCGAUCCUUGAAAGACUGGAUUCAGGAGAGGAACUUAAGAACCAUGGAAGAACUGUCAGUAUCAGUAGAUCCUUGUGACUCAGUUGACCGUGAACAAGCAUUGAAAAUUUUAAAGAAAAUACUUGAAGGAGUGGAAUACAUUCAUUCCCGUGGAAUUAUGCACCGAGACCUAAAGCCUAGAAACAUUUUCCUUCAUGGACCUGAAUGCCAUGUGAAGAUAGGGGACUUCGGAUUGGCGUGCAAAAACAUUGUAAUGGAUGAGCACGAGCAGCUGCCCUCCAACUCUCAAACAGGUGUGAACACAGACUCGACUCACACCAGUGGAGUGGGAACAUUUGUUUACGCUGCACCUGAACAACUUAAGGGUUCUUGCUAUGAUUCAAAGUCAGAUAUGUAUAGUAUUGGAGUGAUUGCUUUUGAGUUAUUCCAGCCAUUUGGGACUGAAAUGGAGCGUGUAUACCUACUUGGAGAACUGAGAAAGGGUCAGGUUCCUAAUACGCUGUCCAAAAUCUGGCCAGUUUUGGCCAAGUAUAUCAGACUGCUGACCAGCUCUGAUCCUUCUGUGCGUCCAAGUGCAUCUCAGUUACUACAGAGUGACAUCUUUAGCACCAAUGACAUGGUUGUCCACAGUUUAAAGUGCAAGAUUGAGGAGCAAGAAGAAGAACUUUUUCAGCUCAGGAGAAAGAUCAGUGAACUACAGAUCUCUCAAAAUGCAAUACACAUUCCAGAAAAGACAUAAAACGGGCUCUUUUGUACCCUCAUUAAUACUUGUAAAUACUUGUAUGGGAAUUGUUGUUUGUAAAUGGUUGUAAGUGUGAGGGUAGCUCUGCUUGUAUCUAUAUAAAUGAGUGCCAUAUUUAAUCUGAUGAAACAAAUGUACAGAACCAUACUGAUGCAAUAGUCUUCAAUUGUUCAACUUGAUGAAAUGGAAAACUUACAAUAAUAAUCAUAAAUAUUAAUAAUACUUGAGGACAUAGUUAAGGCUGACAAAUUUAGCUUUUAUUGAUGCCAUAACGUUGCAAUACGUAUGUUAAUAGUUUGUUAAAAAUGUCAUGUUAGCUAUGGUAAAUGAAACUAUUUAUUGGUUAGAUAUUAUUGUUGCAACAUCAGUCAAUGCAUAAUAUAUAUAUACACACACACAAACAGGUGGCCAAAAGUUUGGAAUAAUGUACAGAUUUUGCUCUCAUGGAAAGAAAUGGGGAAUUUUGGGGGCUCCUGCUGGAGCAGCUGCACCCGCGACCCGACUUCGGAUAAGUGGUUGAAGAUGGAUGGAUGGAAAGAAAUGUGUAUUUUAUUCCCCAAAGUGGUAUUCAACUGAUCACAGUGUAUAGUCAGGACAUUAAUAACGUGAAAAAUUACUAUUACAGCUUGAAAACCAUUUUUUUUUUUUUAGAAAUUCUUAAACUACUAAAGCGUUCUCAUCAAAAAAUCCUCCACAUGCAGCAAUGACAUCAUUGCAGAUACUUUGCAUUUUGGCGGUCAGUUUGUCCAGAUACUCAGGUGACAUUUCACCCCACACUUCCUCUAGCACUUGCCAUAGAUGUGACUGUCAGUCGGGUACUUCUCACAUACCUUACAGUCUAACAGCCACAAAAGCUCAAUGGGGUUAAGAUCCAUAACACUCUUUUCCAAUUAUCUGUUGUCCAAUGUCUGUGUUUCUUUGCCCACUCAAACCUUUACUUUUUGAAUAGGUUUCAAGUGUUGUUUUUUUUUAUGCAGUUCUUCCCAUAAGGCCUGCAGCCCUGAGUCUUCUCUUUACUGUUGUACAUGAAACCGGUGUUGAGCGAGUAGAAUUAAAUGAAGCUGUCA